AUGGCCGACCAACAACAACAACAACCCACCUCCGCAUCCACCUACCUCGACAUGGGCAUCACACUGGCCAUAAACAACUGGCCAGCGAUGAACCUGGCUGUGCAGUCGAACUGGGGCGGUCCCACAUCAGUCGACAAGCGGGACUGGCUGUGCGGCGCGAUCUCCGAGAUGCUAGCGGAGCGACCGGAGACGGACGCUCUAGACCUCGAAGACGUGUUCGAGCAGGUGAUGAACGACGAGUUCGACGUGGUGGUGGACGACGAGAGUGCGGUGCCCGUGGCGGCGCAGAUCAUCGAGUUCAGGGACCAGACGGCGCGUGGCGAGUUCGGUGUCAUUCAGGAGAUGUGGGAGACGUGGCAGCAGAAGAUCGCGGCGAAGGGGGGUGCGGCGAAUGCGGUGGAAGGGUUUAAGAGGGGGGAGGAUCAGGCGAGUGAUGAUGAUGAUGAGGACGAGGAGGAUCAGGAUAUGGGUGAUGCGCCGGCGUUGGUGAACGCUCCGAGGGAGAGGGUCGAGCCGGAGAUUGAUGAUGACGGGUUUACGAAGGUGGUUGGGAAGAAGAAGCGGUGA